CCACACUCUACUACACACAUAUAGCCUCUGUGCCACUACAUCUCAAGGUCACUGCAACCGUGGCACCGGGACGCGAAGCAACCCUCAAUGGUCACCCCCCACUCCCUCUUCGAUUCCAUUGUGAUGAAACCUUCCGAAUGGCCCUCAGCAGUAACCCAGGGGGCUAAUGCGGCCAGGGGAGUGCUAAUGUGCUAAUGUUAGGGAAGCCGAACCAAUGCGUAUGUAAAUCCCGCACCCAUACCAAUAAACGCUAAGCCUCGGAUGCGCAUUGGAUACGCCUUCCACUCUUCGAGCCUAGAAUCGGUCCAUAUGCAAGUCCUGUGCGUCUUCCGAUCACCCGUCGCACGUUCGAGCAGGUCGUGGACGGCUCGUUCCGACGCCGAAGCCGGUCACGCAGCGGUUGCCUAUCCAAGGCUGCUGCAAUGGGCUAAACAUCAACAUGUCUGCAGCUUGGAAAAAGCGAAGAUGAUCGCACCUGAUGGGAGGCAGACACUGCUUCCAGAAAUCCAGACCGUUGGCCCGAAUCCAUCACAUUUCAUCCCAGAAUACAAACUCAGAAAGCCGGUCGCUCUUCGCCUAAGCUCUCUUUCUUCGAAAGUCAAUUGCCAAGGAAGUAUCUCCCGAAUCACAAAGUCUGAACUGCCAAGUCCGCGUGAUCACUGUGGCUUCCGAACUCUGUCUCCCUUUACCCUCACUACUACGGCAUCCUGGAUGGUCAAUCCUGCCAGUCGCCUACAGUCAAUGUUCAUGAGGCAGAAUUGAAAGAGGUCGGAACGGACAUGGCCGAUAAGUAGGUGCAGAAAAAUACC